UGUUAAGCGAUUUGUUGGGUGUGUAAGGUUUCUCCGUUUAAAUUACAGUUAAAGUGAAGAAAAACAACAAAAAGUGAUUGGUAUCGACAACAAUGUUAUGCCUAAACGUUAGACUUGUCUUCCUCUUGUGUAGUUUCAUUACAACUUUCGCUCUAAAACAACCAGAAGCAAAUCCGGAUGCCAAACGAUUAUAUGAUGAUCUACUGAGUAACUACAAUCGGCUGAUACGACCAGUUGUAAACAAUACGGAAACGUUGACAGUAUGGUUGGGCAUAAAGCUUUCCCAGUUGAUUGAAGUGAAUUUGAAGAAUCAAGUGAUGACAACGAAUUUAUGGGUGCCACAGAAAUGGUACGACUAUAAAUUAAAAUGGGAUCCCGAAGAAUAUGGGGGGGUUGAAACAUUGUAUAUACCAUCGGAGCAAAUUUGGUUGCCGGAUAUUGUGCUGUACAAUAACUGGGACGGUAAUUAUGAGGUCACCCUUAUGACAAAGGCUACACUUAAAUACACCGGUGAGGUGUUUUGGGAGCCACCAGCAAUAUAUAAAUCGUCUUGCGAAAUUAAUGUUGAAUACUUUCCGUAUGACGAACAGACUUGUUUCAUGAAAUUUGGCUCGUGGACAUAUAAUGGCGCUCAAGUCGACCUGAAGCAUCUAAAUCAGCAACCCGGAAGCAACUUGGUUUUAAUCGGAAUCGAUUUGAGCGAAUUUUAUUUGUCAGUUGAAUGGGACCUAUUAGAAAUUCCAGCUGGACGGAACGAGGAAUACUAUCCGUGUUGUUCGGAACCAUUUGCAGAUAUCACGUUCAAAAUGACAAUGAGACGAAAGACUCUGUUUUACACAGUGAAUUUAAUCAUACCAUGUGUUGCGUUAACCUUCCUAACCGUUCUUGUCUUCUAUCUACCCAGUGAUUCCGGUGAAAAGGUCACGUUAUGCAUUUCGAUUCUUGUGUCGUUGACUGUGUUCUUUUUAUUGCUCGCCGAAAUUAUUCCCCCAACAUCACUAGCCGUACCGUUACUGGGAAAAUAUCUACUAUUUACGAUGAUUUUAGUGUCAUUGUCCGUUUGGACAACCGUUUGCGUGUUAAAUAUUCAUUUCAGAUCUCCAUCAACGCACAAAAUGUCACCGUUAUGUCGGAAAAUAUUUUUACAUUUUAUGCCGAAAUUGAUGUGCAUGCGUCGAACCCAUUACAGUCUACCCGAUUACGAUGACACAACGCCCAGUCAGGGAUAUACCAACGAAAUUGAAGUUCGUGAUAGCAUCACCGAUGAUUUCCCCAACGACUAUAAAGCUGAUGGACAGGAUGGAAACUUUGAUAAUAUUGGACCCAACAUUCCGCAAUCUGUUACAGAUUCGGAAAAUACGUUCCCACGAAAUUUAUCGCCCGAAGUAUUGCAAGCGUUACGUGGCGUUCGUUUUAUAGCGCAACAUAUCAAAGAUGCUGAUAAGGACAAUGAGAUCGUCGAAGAUUGGAAAUUCGUAUCGAUGGUGUUGGACCGCUUUUUGUUAUGGGUAUUUACGCUGUCCUGCAUCGGGGGCACACUCGGAAUCAUAUUUCAAAGUCCGUCGUUGUACGAUACACGUCCGGCUAUCGAUCAACAGUUGAGCGAAAUUCCGUUGAGGAAAAAUAAUUUUAUGCUUCCUCCCGAUAUCGUUCGCAUGACUUUAAAUGACUAAAUGAACAGGCCAUAAUAGCAAUUUUAUGAACAUUUUAAACUCGAAAGCUCGUAAAAAUAUUAAAUUAUUAAAACUGAAUAAUCGAACAAUAAAUAUAAUUCUAAGGAUUUGCGGCCAAAAAAAAUUACAAUUUGAGUACGAAACACUUUUUAUUGCUAAAAUAAUACGAACACAUUUAUAAUCGCUCAAAUAUAGAGUCAACCAGUAGCACGGUGAAAUGACAGCCAACAUCUAGGCGCUGAAAUUACACUCUAAACUUAGGCGCUGAAAUUACAAAUUACAACUAUUUUUAGGACAAAGUUUUCCAAUAUUUUCCUAGAUUUUUCCUUUACUUAAAUUUUUUCCCUAACGAGACGAGACGAGUAUGUAGACGAGCGCUGUAGACGAGUAUUAGUGCACAUUUAAUAGGCAAACGUCAGAGGAAUGUAAUUUUGCAAAUUCAUUAUAAGCUGGGAUUCUAUUUACUAGGGUGGAUGUACCCAUCCUCGGACGAUUAACUUUUUUUUCGACUUCAAUUAAGUGCUAUAAAGGCUCAAGCUAUUAUUUUGGAAAGAUUGUAUCUUCCAACAGUCACAAAUUUAAUUAAGAUUCGUUUUAUGUACACUAAUUAAAUCAUUUAUUUCCGAAUUAUUUUUAAUUAACACUUUCAUUCGGCCGAACAUGAAAAUCCAAUUGUCGGACACUUUUCUCCGAUGCUCGGACACCUCUUCUUCAAUGCUCGGACGCUAACUGAAUUAAAUAAUUUCACGGACUUUUUUCAAUAAAAUAAGAAAAGUCAAUUGUUAAUCAUUCAAAUACACUAAAAAUGAAGUGAAAACACUAAAUUGAAUAGAUAAAACCAUUUAAAUUACAAUUUACAAAGCAUUUUUGAGUCACACUAUUUUGGUUCCAUUUUCGGUGUAUUUAACAUGGCAUAUGUUGAAUUUGACACUUCAUAUGUUUUCCAUAUAGUCCGACUACUGAAUCAAGACCAAAUAUCAUGUUUGUAUCAACCGGACACCCAAAAAACAGUAGAAAUAAUUGUUUAUAAUCGUGUUUGAGUGAAAAUAAUAUUAUUUUGAACAUUAAUUAAUCUCAAAAACAAAGCCACUGUACAAUAUAAGUAAUUUUCAACUAGAAAAAAGAAGUGUUUUGAUCACCUCACAAACUAUUUUUCAGGUAGAAAAUUAAACUUUUCAGUAUGUGGUGCCACUGUUUCAAUGAUUAAAAUUACACAGUGUUCCUAGUGAAUCCAAUUUUACGAUCAAUCGAUAGUGAAAACUACAAAUUACAACUGAAGGAUAGUCAUCCACAAUAUUUUCGAGCUAGAAGUAAAUUAAUUUACUUUUAAUGUCAAAGUGUCCGAGCAUUGGGUCGUGUCCGAGGACUGGUACGCCUACCCUACAACGUCCACCAAUGCAUACACACUAUACAGAUAUAUUGAAACCGUUGAAACCUCAAUUCUCUUCCUAACUUUCAAUGUGAAUAGGGAUCAGUUUAUAUUAAUUUGUGAAAACUGCUCUCAUUCCACCGAUAAAAUGAUCCGGGUUCGAUUCCCGAGCCAGACAAUUCCACAUGGAAUUUUUCUAGCAAUUAUAUAGUAUUGGUAACAUCCCAAAGUUCACUCAAACUUCAUAAUUUGGGUAAUUGCAGUGUAUUUGGCGGCUGCAACGAUGUACACACUGAAUGACUUGUAUGACGUAACCCAAAAUACGAUGAAUUUGUGUACAUACGUCUCUAGUCUACAUUAAGGCGUGAUAUCAAUUAUAGGCACCUAAUUUUCCUCAGAGAGUAUUUGCAUACUUCGAGGCGUAGUUGGAAGUCGCGAUUAGCCGGUGGUACAAACUGCACUUGUUAUUGGCAGUAAAAGACUGUUAGUAAGGUCUCUAAACGAAAAAACAAAUCAAACACGUACAGUUUCAUUUGCAUAUGAAAUUGCAUAUGGAAUCGGGAAGAGAAUUUUGAUUCUAGUUUACAUCGCCCGAAUGGCCAAAUGUAGGCUACAUUUCUGCGUGCUACUAAUACUCAUGAUCAAUAAGAAUGUAAGUAGAAAUAAAGAUGUUACAAAUAAAAC